AUGAAUGCAUCAUGCCAUGUUACUGCCGAUCCCCAGCUUGUCUUAUCGUUUUUUGUCGUUGGAUUCUUUCUUGCAAUUAUCGGAUGUAUUCUUAAUACGUGUUCCUGUGUGCUUUUCACUCGUACAAAAUCGUUUUUCCACACUCCUUAUGGUGUAUUCAUCGUUGCUUUAUCGAUUGCUGAUAUAAUCAAAUUGAUUGCUGAGUAUUUCGUUCAUUUGCUGUUUCUCUAUGUUCAACAUCCAUACUUUGUCUGUUCAAUAACGUGGUUCCUGACGAUGACAAGUGAAAAUACAUCAUACGCAUUUCUUUGUGCGCUAGGUAUUGAACGUAGUAUAAAAGUAUGGGCAAUCAAUCAUCGUUGCUUAAUAACACGACAACGUGCAUGUUGGAUAACUCUAUUCAUUGUCUUUAUCAUCGGGAUCUAUAAUCAUCCGUUUCUUUUCUAUCCAACAGAUGUGAAUUACUGUUAUUUUACAUUGUUUAAUUACUCGGCGAUUUUUACAUGUAAUAACGCCAAGUACCAUGCAUAUGGCUAUUCAUAUUCGUUGACAAAAUUUCUCUUCGUGGAAAAUCUUGGAUUGAAUAACAUUAUUCUACCGUUGAUGAUUAUUCUAACAAAUUUUACUUUAAUUCUUGGAUUGAGACGUCGUAGCUAUUUACGACGGGAUCAUCUCGGUGUCUACAGUGUCGAUGAUUGGCGUGAACGAAGUGUUCUAGUUUAUAUGAUCUUGUCCAGCUUGGUUUUUCUGAUAUUAACGGCGCCGAUCGGAUUUUUGGGUGUGUGGAGUAUUAUUCGCGAUCAAGAAAUACCGACGAAUAAUCUAUCGAUAAUUUUCGAUCUGAUGGAAAUUAUUCAUCAUUGUUCACAUUUCCCAAUUCUGCUAAUGACAAGCUCAUUAUUACGAAAGAAAAUUUUUCAAACUCGAUGGCGACGUCAGAAGUCCAUUUCGAGGAAAAGCUUCCACGAACAAAAAACAUCAUAUCCUCUAGCUCGAUUGACACUCAUAAAUGAUUCUCCAACAAAAUAG